AUGCCGUCGCUAGAAAAAUUGCUCCGGCUGUUACCCGUGUCACCCACGCGGUUCGUCACCGCGCACGAACCCGCCGCGCCCGUCGGCGGCCGCGCCACUUUCGGCGGCACGCUCGUGGCGCAGUCGGUGCUGGCGUCGCUGCACACGGUGGCGCGGGAGUUCGAACCCUCGUCGGUGCACUGCUACUUCGUCGUGGGCGGUGACCCGCGAGCGGUCAUCAGCUACGAGGUGGAGGCGCUGCGCCGCGGGCGCAACUUCGAGCACCGCGAGGUGCGCGCGUUCCAGCACGGGCGGCUGAUCUUCGUGUCGAACGUGCUGUUCCACCGGGCGCGGGGCGGGGGGAGCGGAGGAAGCGGAGGAAGCGGAGGAAGCGGAGGAAGCGGAGAUAAGAAGCGCCGCGGCGAUACCGGCGAUACCGGCGAUACCGACACCACGCUCCACCGCGACCGCAUCUCGGACCCUCUCCCCCGUAGCAGCUGCGUCGACGCCGCUCGCCUCUUCCGCGACCAGGUGGCCGCCCAUUGGGACCGCUACAACCACGUGGCCCACGGCUUCGACUCCGAGCGCCACGUCGCCGCCUUCGCAGACCGCUUCGAGCGCGGCGCCGUCGAGUACCAGUUCCCGCCCGACAUCUUCUACGCCCGCGCCCGCCACGACCACCUCGACUACUACCAGCGCGUGCGCCGCGACCAGGUCGCCGCCGCGCUCGAGAAAGACCCGCGUUUCUGCUACGUCGCCUUCGCCUACCUCUCCGACGCCUACCUGCUGCUCACGCUCCCGUACUUCCACCAGCUCCCGCUCUACUCGCACCGCUUCAGCGUGUCGCUGGAUCACGUCAUCCACUUCCACGCCCGCCCGCCCGUCUGCGACUGGCUCGCGCUGCGCGUGCGCAACCCGCGCUCCAGCGGCGACCGCCAUCUCGUCGACGGCAGCUACUACGACGCCGCCUCCGGCGACAUCGUCGCCUCCGUGCGCCAGGAGGGCCUGGUCGUGUACGACAAACCCAGCGCGAUCCGCGCCCGCUUCUAG